AGUUACUUCGUUAGGAAGAUUGUUGCUGUUUUGUGACGGUACGCUGUUGUUUGUUAGGUUAAGUCAUGCGUGUUAUUGUACUUCUAAUUUAAAGAAGAUCAUCUUCGUUGUUUGCUGAUAUUAUACGUUUUUUAAUAAUGGAAGGAGCAGAUUUGCGCUGCAGAAUAGACUUUUCGCCCAUUAAAAAACAAAAUUCUUAAUCUCACAAAGUGACCAAAAAAGGCUUUAAGCUCGAUAAAUUUCAACUUUGUGUUUUUCAAGAAGAGUUUCUAAAUGAGCGUCCUUGCUUCUUUCCUUUUUUUCCGUUUGUAAGGACUAAUUUAGAACUUGCAGAUUUGAGCUGCCUGAAUUGGCUAGACAGCUGUAAUCGCACUCCUCCUAGUCUUAAUCUCUUUAUCUGGGCAGCAGCUGCCAUAUGGUCUCAGUCAGCUGGAUCAGAUGUUCAUAAGCCUCCUUCUCCGUCCCUCUCUGUCCUCCCAGUCUCCUAAUGUGAUCGCUACCUUGUGAGCUGUCCUGCAAUCUUUAUUUUUAGCCAUUUUAAGGAUUACGAUUGAUGUGGACUAUGAGGCACUUAAAGUGAUUGUAUUGUAAAUCUGCUGUGGACUGCCUCUUUGGGGAGGAUGUACCGUUUCUCCAAAGAUUCGGGGAGGGGGAAAGGGGGAAGGAGAGGGUUGGCGAGAGGUUUGUUAUCCCCCCGUCCCCUUAUAAGCCCCUCAUUAAUGAAGGUUUGAACGCUGUUCGGGGUAGCGUGGGGGGGCUUGGCAUGGUAUUCCAAUCAGAUUUAAAUGAAGAUUCAAAUGAGUUCAUUCAAGUCCGCUGGUCGAACAUGAUGCCCGUGCAUUUUUUUAGACAGGAACUGUCUCUGCGAGUAACAGGUUAUGAAGACAGCAUGGAGUUUCCAGACCACAGCAGACAUUUGCUACAGUGUCUGAGCGAGCAGAGGCAUCAGGGUUUCCUUUGUGACUCCACCGUGCUGGUCGGCGAUGCCCAGUUUCGAGCCCAUCGCGCAGUGCUGGCCUCAUGCAGCAUGUACUUCCAUCUCUUUUACAAGGACCAGCUAGACAAAAGGGACAUUGUUCAUCUGAACAGCGACAUUGUCACGGCCCCGGCUUUCGCUCUCCUGCUCGAGUUCAUGUACGAAGGAAAGCUUCAGUUCAAAUCGCUUCCGGUGGAGGAUGUGCUGGCCGCCGCCAGCUUCCUCCACAUGUACGACAUUGUUAAGGUGUGCAAGAAAAAGCUCAAGCAGAAGGCCACGACCGAGGCGGACAGCACCAAGCGGGAGGAAGAUGCUUCCAGCUGCUCUGACAAGGUGGAGAGCUUCUCCGAGGGCGGGAGCACGGGCCGGCCGGCCACCGCCGACCUGCUGCAGAGCGACGACGAGGAUGUUGACAACAAGAGGGGGAGUCCUCAGGAACCAGGCAGCAUGUGGAUGCGCCUGCCUUCGGAUCGAACCGCAUCCCCCACGGCUAGCCCCAGGUCAGCCGAGCCACACGGUCCCGAUGCCAGUAAAUCCCCUGCCGGCAGCCCCAGCAGCUCCACCGGCUCCAUGUCGCGUCGCUCCACGGCAUCUCGGAGAAUCUCCGCAGAUGCUGACUGUGUUCUCGACCUCUCUGUAAAGUCUGCCGUCAGUGGUGGUCCUGGGGAGAACAUGGCCGGGAACCCUUACUUUUGCAGUUCGGUGACCCCAGACAGCCUGCAGAGCACUCUGGUUCAGGUGAAGGUGGAGAAGGACUCGGGUUCGGAUGACGACGAUCUGGUGGGCAGAGACUACGAGAUGGAGCACAGCGGUUUGAAGGAUCCGCCCAACACCAACGGAACCCACGUCAGCCUCGUAGCGCAGCGGAGACUGGGUUUGGAGGCGCACCUUUCAGCCCUGCGCGAGGCCUCGCUGGCCAGCGAGCUGGACCGCGAUGAUAAAAGAGGCGACGACGACGUCCUGGGAGGAGAAAACGAGCGAGCGCAGGAGGCCGUGGGGGUCGAGAACUCCCUGUUGCCUUACGUCUCCAGCAUGCUGGGGGGACCACACACUCAGAUAUUUAUGUGUCCCUUAUGCAACAAGGUCUUCCCCAGCCCCCACAUCCUGCAGAUCCACCUAAGCACACACUUUCGUGAGCAGGAGGGCGUACGCCCCAAGCCGACCGGCGACGUCAACGUUCCCACCUGCUCCAUCUGCGGCAAAACCUUCUCCUGCAUGUACACGUUGAAGCGCCAUGAGCGGACACACUCGGGUGAGAAGCCCUACACAUGCACCACUUGCGGCAAGAGCUUCCAGUACUCGCACAACCUGAGCCGGCACGCCGUCGUGCACACGCGCGAAAAGCCGCACGCCUGCAAGUGGUGCGAGCGGCGCUUCACGCAGUCCGGGGACUUGUACCGACACAUCCGCAAGUUCCACUGCGAACUGGUCAACUCGCUCUCAGUCAAGAGCGAGGCACUCAAUCUACCCACUGUCAGAGACUGGGCGCUGGAGGAUAGUUCUCAAGAACUGUGGAAAUGAAGCUAGAAAUCUGUUCGGACUGCUUGUUAAAUUAAUAAGAGAGGUUUGAAUGGUAUUUUGAGGGUAAAGGUAAGAGUGAGGCAGAAGGUCUGAAUCAGUCAUUUUUCUUGUAUGUACAUUGCAAAUCUUGUUGAAUUGCACUUUACUAGCACAUGAAAAUGUUACUACUGAUUUUCUUUUAAUAUAUAUUUUUCUGGUCUCUUUUUAUUCUUUUCUCUUUAGUUUUUUUUAUAUAAAACAUAGGUGCUCAAUAACCACCUUUGAUAGAAAAUGAUUCAUUGGUAUUUGAAACUGUAUAUAAUUUACAGUAUACACAUUUGUACACACUCCUAAAAUUUUAAGGAACAUCCGCCAUGAAAAGCAUAUGAAGAUUUCAGGUUCUUCUAGACAGAGGAGUUUAAAAGCAAGGACACACACUAAACGGGUACUACGAUCAUAUAUUUACCUGUACACAUCCAGCUCAUGUUGGAGUAUGUGUAUAUAUAGUGCACUACUAUAAUUUGCAAAUGUCAUACCUGACGCGUGGUUGUGUAUUUAUGCACACGUACACAUGCACACACGGUGUGAGCGGGUCGGUCCUUUAAAUCCCACAAAGAAGUCUCUGCACAGAGAAGCUCAAAUCACACAUUUCUUAAGCUCUUGUACAUUUUUAACUUGUUGUAGGAAACUUGACUGAUGGAAGACAAAAAGGCACUCAUGCAAUGUACAGCCUCCUUUUUCAUAUCAGUUGCCGCAUUUUUGUAUCCUUUCUCAGAUUUAUUUGAAGUCAUCGUUUGGGUUUUAGUUGCAGUCGCUCGACAACAUCACUUGUUUACUACUGAGGUUGGGUUUUACGUUGGCUGCAUUUCUAGAGAUUUCCGUAGUGUUUUAAGAGUUUUCGUUUUUAAAACGGAAUCUGUUGUUGCAUGAUGUCUGACCUGUAUAUUGAAAAAGAUGUGACUUGCUGUAUUGCUGUACACUGUAAUUGACUGAUUCAGUACAGUCAGGGCACCUGUCUGUAAAAAAAAACCUUUAAUAUUACCGCUGUAGAAAUUGCAUGAAUUUUAUUUAACUUACUCUUUUUCGUUGUUGUUUUGCAUCAGAGAGUGUAUUUUUUAAAUGAACUCAUUUGAUUCCUCGGUAGAUUUGAGUUUUCAUCACUAGAGAAUGAUUCGGGGGUUCUGCUAGGAAGUUAUUCUGGGCUGCGAAGAUUGUGGAAAUGCACUGACAUCAGGCUGCGGCGUAUACGCCCGCCAAGCGAUUCGGCUCACUGUAGGAUUCAGAGGUUAACGGGGGGCAGGUGUCAACGCACAUCGAAUCGCUAUCAUUAUUGUUUAGAAAGCUAGCGUGGCUCCUCGCGCACUGCUGGGUCUUCAACUGCUGUUUGUCUCAGUCCUGUUUACUGGCUGUCGUCAUUUGAAUCAUGUCGGCUCUGUUUGUAAUUUAUUUAUUUAUCUUUUCAAUUGGCACUUGCUUCAGAUUCGAAUGCCAUGAAGACACGUUCACGUGGCUCUUCUAUAUGGGUGUCCUCAUCUGUACGGAGAAAGCUGAAGGAUCUUUAAACAGCAUAAAGCUCGACACGCUCUCUCUUCCGAGUGCUUUGUGUUCAAUGCAUAGGUCUUUUAUUUUUGAGUAGAACGUGUUUGGCAGGGUUGGCUGCACCUUUGAAGCUGAAUGAAAUUAGUGUUAUGUGCAAAAGAGGCCUUUUUGAAAUUUAUAAGCCUGAUUCUGAACCUAAUCAAAUUACUGGAACAUUGACAUUGUUACGUAAAGAAUGAUUUAUACAUAUCUGAUUGUUAAAAAGAGUUAUCGCAAAUGUAAGAGGAAUUUGAAAAAUGUUUAUUUGAAGAAAAAAGUUUUAUUUUUUAUUGUUUGUUUUUCUUUCAAAAUUAAUUAAAUUUGUAGAAUUAUAUCGAGGAUUUUUUUUAAAUGUGAAACAUUCAGUGAAACUGUUUUUUGUUUGUUUUGUGUCACAAAAACACAUUUUCAUCAUCAAAUUUAGAGAAAUGAAAAGCAAAGAGAAAUAACACACAUGGGUUUACGCUGUAGUCGCACAGCGCUGAAACGUUUGGACUACUUAAGUCAGAGAGGGCCGUCGGCUCCGCGCAUUUUUCAGUCUGGACACAAGCGUGCGGGCCUACACAGGCCUCAGGAACGACCAUAUAUUCGACCAGUGCAACGACUAGCGAAAAGGUUGAGCUUUGCCAACAGCGCACGCUCCUCGUGGCGUUUUGCACGGUGGUACUUUUACCUUUGCACUCUAAAAUGUGACAGAAAAACAUAAGCUGUGUGGUUGAUUCAUUUCUAUUCGUUCUUUUCUUUGGUUUAUGUUGGCUUCUACUAUUGUACUUGACCGCCUUAAACUACUGUUAUCAGCUUAUACUCAGAGGGUGAAAACUGGAAACGCUGGACUACUGGAUGUUUUUCUUAUGUUGAAUGGAAAAUGAAGCUGUGAAAUAGCCUAUGAAGCAUAUCCUUACUUUAGACACCCCUUUAGUUUACUUGAAACCCAGGUGUGAAGAGCAACUCUGUCACAUUCAAACUUAGUAGAUUAUGAGUAGGGGGAGGAAUAGAAUUGAAGAAAAAUAUCUGUUGGAUUUUAAGACAAUCGCUGUCUGAAAAACGAAGAUUUUACUUCACAUGUAUUUGCUUCCCAUUUGAGAGGUUUUUUGUUUUGCUAUGUUGACAUUGUUCUUUUUAUGGAUUUAGACAUUUAGCUUUGACAAUCAUAGUAUGUUUCAUUUUCUCAAGGGAAGUAAAUUACGAGGCUGUUUAGUUUUGUACUUUUUGGUGUGCUGUUGGUGAAAUUUUUAAAUUGUGUGCAAACUGCAAUAAAUUAUAAGAACCUUCA